AUGGAGUUUGCCUCUGGCAUUGCUGAGACAGUCUUGGUUAGGCUAGCCUCCUAUGCUGCCCAAGAAGUUUGCUUGGCUUGGGGUGCCCAACUUGAGCUCAAGAAGCUCAAUAAGACCUUGUUAGCCAUCAAACUUGUACUCCAGGAUGCAGAGAGGAAGCAAAUGCAGAACCCCCUCAUCACUCAUUGGCUAGGAAACCUCAAAGAUGUUUGCAACGAUGCUGAGGAUGUACUCGACGAAUUUGAGUUCCGAAAGCUCCGACUCGAAGUGCUCACCAACGACCACCGGAGUGUCAAAGCAAAGGUACACCAAUUCUUCUCCCGUUGGAAUCCAGUCGUGUUUAACUUCAAAAUGGGUCAUAAAAUCAAAGAGAUUAGAGAAAGACUAGAUGAGAUUGAUGCUGAAAAGACAAAGUUUUCUCUCAUUCAAGUUGCUGAAGUAGUUGAUGAUUGUGGUGCGCCUCAAAGGGCGCAUGAUAAUAAAAGGGAGACAGACUCUUUACUGGUAGGUCAUGUUGUUGGAAGAGAUGGUGAUAAGGAAAAAAUUAUCCUUCUCUUUGAUGACACCAGUUCCUCCAGUGUCGAUAAUAUUUCAGUCAUUUCCAUCUUCGGGUUAGGAGGGUUGGGAAAAACUACACUUGCUAAAUCGGUGUAUAAUGAUGCUAGGGUAGAGAACACAUUUGAUAUGAGAAUGUGGGUAUGUGUCUCAGAGAACUUUGAUAUCCAUACAUUAGUUCGUGGCAUUAUUGCUGCAACUAAACAAGAAUGUGCCGGUGAAAGUUUGGAUCUUAUGAAAAGGGGGUUGCAAGAUAUUUUGAGAGAUAAAAAGUUUUUGUUAGUGUUGGACGAUGUAUGGGAUAAAGGGCCAACAGGAGUUACACAUCAAAAAUGGAGUGAGUUAAAAAUUGUGUUAGAUGUUGGAGCCAAAGGGAGUAAAAUCAUCGUAACAACACGCAAUGAAUCAGUAGCUUCAUUUGUGCACCCUAUACACAUGCAUCAUUUAAAAGUCUUUCUCAUGAGGAUUCCAUGA